AUGAUUAUUUUUGUUUACUACAACAACAAAAAGAUCAAGAUUGUUUUAUCUUAACCUACUUUAUAGUUGCUCUACAAACUCGUCUAAGAUAAUUUAAAAUUACCAUUUGACUUUGAACUGAGAGACAAAAUGAAUAAAAUUGUAUUUGAUUUAUAUGAUGGAUUAGAAUUGAACGUGUCAGAAGUCUCUACAAUAAAUUAAUAAAUCAAAUCUAAAACAGUUAAUGAUUAAUAGUCCUUUAGGUUAGGUAGAGAAAGAAUUCAUUCAUUAAAUUUAUUAAGUUCACAAAAGAAGUCUUACUCAGAUUUUUCUUCACCCAACGAUUAAACUCAAAUUUAAUAAAAUAAACGGGAGUAAAUAAUAUAAAAAAUGAUGGAGGAUAAAUUGUAUCGAGAAGAACAACAGAAAUUAAACCAUGAUGGGAAUAAGUUGAUUAAGUAAAUAUAGAAAAGAAUAAAGUUGAGGGAAUAAGUUAUUAAAUUGAAAGAUGAGGCUCUAAAUCUUUCAGAACUAGAGAAAAAGAAAGUAAUCUUAGCAUAGAAGAGAGAACUAAGUUAACCAAUAAGAUUAGAUAUGUUGGCAGAGCAUUAAAAACGAUAUGAAGAAGAGAAAUUCUAAAAAUUGAAAUAAAGACAACAAUAAAAGCAAGAACAAGAAGAAGAGUUCAAAAUGAAAUUAAUUAAGUUCCCAAAAAGUUCAACUCUUGUUCGUCUUGAAGAGGAAUAAGCCAAAUUAAAGCUUUCUCAAUAAUAAGCAGGAGAACAAAAAAAAAUAUUGAAAUAAAAACAAUAAAGAUAUGGAGAAUCUGUAAAGGAUAGUUUCCUUAAAGAUAUUGCUCGACAUUCCAUAUCACCAAUUAAACCAACAUAAGAACAGAAUAGCAUUUAGAAGAAUCAAUUGGACAUUGCAAAAUAAAAUAUAAAGAAAUUAUAAAGUUUAUUGGGAGAAAGGAAAGUGGAUAAAAUCUUGAUACUCCCUGAGAGAAGAAGUGUGAAUGAUAUUAGGUAAAGAGGAUAAAACUCUUUGAUUGAAAUGAAAAAAAGUGAUAAAAUUGAACAUGUAGAAAAACCAUAUACAACAGAUCAUAAAAAUUUAAUAUCCAAGAGAAAAUUGUUAAAAUCAGGACUCAACUCUGCUAACUUUCCUUCAUCCUUGAAUGAUAAUAAGCCAAUACACUUUGAAGAAAAGUAUUAAACUGUCUUGAAAUCCAUAAUGGAAUUAGAAAAAAAAUGUAAGGAAAGAGAAAUACGAUUUAUGCUCAAUAAAUAGCAAUAAUUAGAAGAGGAAGAAAAUGAAAAGUAUAUUGAAAAAUUAAGAUAAAAAUUAGCUUUGAUUUGA